AUGACCCUCCAAAACCUAUGAUCCAAAAGCUUGAAGCCCACGCAAUCACCAACAAGCUCGCAAACUCACUAGUCACUACCUCACUCAAAGGCACUGAAUCAUUCUUCCUCAUUUCGUAGGAAACUUCCAACUACUUCCUUUAGCUUCCUUCUUUGACCAUAACACUAUCCCAAAUCUUUCACCUUACAAUAACCUUCAUACCCUGUUAUUUUUCAUCCAUUUUCUCUCUCGAUAUUUUGGGGUUUCUUUUUUUGUUUCACGACAACCUAAUCUUCGAAUCCUCGUACCCAGAGGUUCGAUCCUAUUAUUUUGUUGUGGGUUUUUUGUUACACCACUUAUUUAUUCAAAAAGCUUGAUUUUUUUGUUUUGUUAUUUCUUUGGGGUGAGAAAUUUGAUUUUUUAAUUAGGGUUUCUAUUUUUUGAUUCUACUAUUCGAUCGUCAAUUCCAACUAUCUAAGGCUUGAAUCAGUCAAUAUUGUUGUGGGUUUUUGGUUUUGAUCGAAAAAGUUUCGAUUUUUGGUGCUGGGUAAUCGAGUGUUGUUAUUUUUGUCUUCUGAUCGAGAUGGGUGCAGUUUCGGAAUCUGCUUCUGCUGAUUGUUUCAGUGAGGUGAUGUCGUCGAUGCCCGGUUUCCGCUUUCAUCCUACAGAUGAGGAGUUGGUGAUGUAUUAUCUGAAAAGGAAGAUUUGUGGGAAGAAGUUGAAGUUCAACGUUAUCAAAGAAACCGAUGUGUACAAGUGGGAUCCUGAGGAUUUGCCAGAACAAUCUUUCUUAAAAACUGGAGAUAGGCAAUGGUUCUUUUUCUGUCAUAGAGAUAGGAAAUAUCCCAACGGUGGAAGGUCUAGUCGAGCAACUAGACACGGCUACUGGAAAGCUACUGGAAAAGAUCGAAAUGUGAUAUACAAUUCUCGGUCAGUUGGAGUGAAAAAGACACUUGUUUUCUAUCUUGGCAGAGCUCCUAGUGGUGAGCGAACUGAUUGGGUUAUGCAUGAGUACACCAUGGAUGAAGAUGAGCUUAGGACAUGCCGUGAUGUUAAGGACUAUUAUGCACUUUACAAGGUUUUCAAGAAAAGUGGACCGGGUCCUAAGAACGGUGAGCAGUAUGGUGCACCAUUUAAAGAAGAAGAAUGGGCAGAUGAUGAUGUUGUAGAUUUUAAUGUAAAUUCAGUUGACCGGGAGGUUCCAGAGGCUGCUAUUGACAAUGUUAUUGAUCAGCAUCAGCUGCAGCCGUUGUUUGAUGAUGAAAUUGAUGAAAUCAUUAAAGGGAUGCUUGAUGUUGAGCCUGUCCUUGACCAGCAACAUGUGAAUGGUUAUGUUGACUUUCCUCAGGUUGAUGAUGAAGAAACACGAAAUGUGGUCAUGGAUCAAUUCUACGAGGCCAUGGUAUUCCCUGAUCCAAGUGAAAAACAGCAAUCUAGCAGUCAGCUUUAUGAUGCGCAGCCCAGCUUUGACUUCAAUCAUCAAUCAGUUGAUUCUCACUUGUGUAUUUCUGAAGCACCUGAGGUCACUUCCACUCCGAACAUUCAAAGCGGGGAGGGGCUUGUCUUUUAUGAGGAAGGCUUCUUGGAAAUUAAUGAUCUCAUUGAUACCGAAUCUACAUUUUCAAAUACGGAUAAGCUUAACAACGAUCUCAUUGAGAACCUCCAGUUUGAAGAUGUGUUGAGUGAAUUUGAUCCUUACCAAGAUGCAGAGAUGUUUCUUUGUGGUCUGGGGUCUAUUAACGAAGAAACAGUUUCACAUGCAUAUAUGAAUAACGCUGGCAGCAAUAUUGAAAAUCAGAGUUACCAGUUGUUGUCCAAUCCAGAAGACGUAAAUCAAACUGUUGAUGAAUUCUGGAUGCAUGUUGAAAGAAACACCCGCAGUCCAGCUGAAGGUUAUGAUGGUUCUUUCUCUCUAACAAAUCCAGGUGUCGUGUGUGACUCUGUCGGCUUUCCUACUGAAAGCACUGAAAAUCAAAGAAGCACUGUCGAAGAUGUUAAAACAAGUAGAUUAUCCUCUGCUCUAUGGGCCUUUGUUGAUUCAAUACCUACUACUCCUGCAUCAGCUGCUGAAAAUCCUUUGGUGAAUCGGGCUUUGAAUCGAAUGUCUAGCUUCAGCAGGGUGAAGAUCAAGCCCACCGACAACAACAUUGCUGCAGGUAAUAAUGACACUGCAACUAUGAAGAGAGCAGGCAGAAAGGGAGUCUCAUUCCUUUUCUUCCCGAUUCUUAUUGCUUUAUGUGCUUUCUUGUGGGUUUCUAUUGGAAAUUUAAGACUAUUAGGGAGAUGUGUCUCCCCUUGAAUAUGUAAAUCCAAAGUUUUGCUGCUAUAGAUAUAUUUUGUCUGAGAUCUCUUCAGAAUUAAAUGAAAGCAGUACACUUCUAACAUAAUCUGAAAAUAAAAAUAUUUUAUUUGUUGUAAAUAUUCAACUCAAGGUAAGGUUAAGGAUAAGCCAAAUUCAGCCUUAAUUCUAGAGUAGGGGCUUGUAUCGGAAUUUGAAACAUCCACAAAAAUCUCAAUCAGUUGCUAAACAUGUAUAACUUCAUUUCUGUUUUCUUUUUUGGUCCCACGUAGUAUCAAGUUUUGGUCAUCUUUUAUUCUACAGGGUUAAGAUCAAAAUUUGUGAAAUGUGUACAUAGACUAUUUCUAUAAUAGUAUUAUAUACGAGCUAUUUUUGUUAUCA